AUGCCGUGCACCAUUAACCAGGAGCCUGACCCAGAGACGAGCCGCUACCGCUGGUUGAUUCAAGCCGUGGACCCGUGUAAGUGUACGGAGAUCGGAAUGGGUGGCUUCAGCACCUUCGUACCGUACAGACCUUACGAGGUGACGUACUAUGACACCUUUAUGAUCAGCAGCGAUGCUGAGGAGAUAAAGCAAUGGCUGAACUGCCCUGCUUGUUCCGUGGAGGGACCGCUUGGGAUGGAGGAUAAACGCAUCCCUGAUGAUCGUAUAACAGCGUCGUCUGUUUACGAUGGAAGACAAACAACUCACGGACCCGCUAGGGCUCGGCUCAAUACUGAAAGAUACGCUGCAGCCUGGUGUCAUGCCAACUUGGAUAAUGUCAGUCCAUGGAUACAGGUUGACUUCAAUGGCACAGUCACCAUCACUGGUUUGAUCACCCAGGGGCGCGGAGAUCUCGACCAAUGGGUGACCGAGUACCAAGUGACGUACAGCAAUGACGCUCAGUCCUGGUAUCACGUGACUGAUGCAGACGGCACACCAAUAAAGUUCCCUGGUAACACAGAUAGGAACACGCUGGUAACUACUCGGUUGCCGUUUGCCUUGCACACCAGAAUCCUGCGCAUUCACCCCACUGAUUGGAACGAACAUUGCAGCAUGAGGUUUGAAGUGAUUGGCUGCUAUUACAGUGACAAAAGCGGACGGCACAGUCUUAUCAAAGUUUCGAAAUGUGCACGCAACUUACAGCUGAACAUUAUUAAACGAAACGGCAUGAAUUUUCCCAUAUGUCAGCUAUGGCAUAUAGCCAGUGCUGUUUGGUACUUUGCUCUAUUCGCCAUUUGCGUGAUCCAGAGCGAAGCUGCCUCUAAUCUCCCUACCGUGACAUCUUUGGAAUUCACGGCUGCCUCACAGUUCAACAGUCCUGUCAAAUAUCGAGUGAUUCGGUCAAGCCAGCGCGGAUCUCGCCUGAGGUGUGCCGCGGCCUGCCUCAAGCAAGUAAACUGCAGCUACUUCAGUUAUACCACAGACAGCAGACAGUGUGAAUUGUGCGAUGACUCGAUCGUUGCAACCAACGAAGAGAACUUGAAAUACUACAGGAGAAGCGUUGACGUUUCUUGCUCUGUGGAGGCACCGCUCGGGAUGGAAGACGGUCGCAUUUUGAAUGAGAGCAUCACAGCUUCGUCAUUCUACAGCGCUGACCAUGCCCCAUCCAGGGCCAGACUUAACAUUCAAGGAUACGCUGGAGCCUGGAGCAGUGACACUGCUGAUGUCACUAGUCCAUGGAUACAGGUUGACUUCAAUAGACCAGUUACCAUAACCAGUUUGAUCACUCAGGGGCGUGGUGACCCCGGAUUCACCCAAUGGGUGACGGAGUACCAAGUGACGUACAGUGAUGACGCUCUGUCGUGGGAUCACGUGGCUGAUGCAGACGGCACACCAAUAAAGUUCCAUGGUAACAAGGACAAGAGCAUCCCGGUAACUAAUCGCCUGCCGGUUGCCUUGCGCACCAGAAUUCUGCGCAUUCACCCCACUGCGUGGUUCAGGCAUUGCAGCAUGAGGUUUGAAGUGAUUGGAUGCUAUGAUCGUCGGUCGCUGCCAUGCAGCACUGUUCGGAAGUUCGUGUCAGUAUAUACCACUAUGCUGUUGUGCAGGAAAGACGCCAUGAAUCUGUCAAUUUGUCAGCUAUGGCAUGACUAUGUUAUUUGGUGUUUUGCUCUAUUGGCCGUUUUUGUGGUCCAGGGUGGAGCUGCCUCUAACCCCCCUACCGUGACAUCUUCGCGUUUCACGGCUGAAUCACAAUUCAACAGCACCGUUAAAUAUCGAGUGAUUCGGUCAAGCCAGCGCGGAUCUCGCCUGGGGUGUGCCGCGGCCUGCCUCAAUGAAGUAAACUGCAGCUACUUCAGUUACACCAAAGAUACCAGACGGUGUGAAUUGAGCGAUGACUCGAUCGUUGCAACCAACGAAGAGAAGUUGAAAUACUACAGGAGAAGCGGUGACUUUUCUUGCUCUGUUGAGGGACCUCUCGGGAUGGAAGAUGGUCGCAUCCCGGAUGAAAGCAUCACAGCUUCGUCUUUUUGGGAUAACCGCGCUGAUCAUGCCCCACCCAGGGCGAGACUGAACACUAAAGGAUACGCUGGAGCCUGGGUCGAAGACAGUGGUGAUCUCAGUCCAUGGAUACAGGUUGACUUCAAUGGCAUAGUCACCAUCACUGGUUUGAUCACCCAGGGGCGCGAAGAUAACGACCAAUGGGUGACGGAGUACCAAGUGACGUACAGCAACGACGCCCAGUCCUGGCAUCACGUGACUGAUGCCACACCAAUAAAGUUUCCUGGUAACUCGGACAGGAACACGCUGGUAGCCGCUCGUUUCCCGUUUGCUUUGCGCACCAGAAUCCUGCGCAUUCACCCCACUGCAUGGGUUUUGCAUCGUAGCAUGAGGUUUGAAGUGAUUGGAUGCUAUUAGUCAGACUAAUUACAUUGUCAAUGAGUGAGUCAAGCGAAUUCAACGUUGAGAGUAGCUCUGUUAUAGAACAAAACGCAAAUACUUAUUCUCUGUAAAUACCGACUCUUAACAAGAAGUCUUUGAUAUUUUGAUUAAAAUUUGAUUAAUAUUUUUGUGUGAAUAUAUAAAUUCUAUAAGAGAUAAUCGUAUUGUCAGGACUUAAUGUAAAAACAAGCCUUACAAAUUCACCACAAAUGCAAAUCUCCCCGGAAAUCAGAACAGUUUUAGAGCGAGAUUGAUUUAUCAUGUAAAGGGCUUAAUAUUACUUUAAACAACGGCAACGGAUAGGAUCAAUGUUAUGCACGAAUUGAAGAAAAAAAUUCCCGUGGUAUAAAAAGGGACGAAUUAACUUUCCCACAUCGAAUUGAAGGCUUCUUUCAUGUUGAUUGUCAUCAUAUUAUUUGCAUUACCACUGUACACGUAUGUGCUUGCUUUUUAAUAUGCCAUAUGUUUUAACACUUACAAGGCAUGUUAUUGUUUCUUAAAAGAAAAAAUAGCGUUUCCUGAAUGCCAGAUACGUCCCUGGAACCGUUUGUAUUUAAUACAAAAUUCAGUGUGAUGUUUCGAAGUAACCAUAGAGACAGCCUUUAACGGAUUCAGUGUAGAGCUAAUUUAGAAGUAAAUGAAGUGUGACUGAUCAUCCAAGGUCUAGCCAGAUAGAUGGCCUCAACUGACGAGAUAAAGUGCAUUGCAUCUAACUAAUUAUAUCUUGAAUAAUAAUAAUAAUAAUAAUAAUACUAAUGUGGUGCUUUAUAUAGCCCCCUAGACCAAAGGUGUCAAAGCGCUUUACGGUUAUUACCCAUGUCCAUCAGGCCACGAGACCACUUCUGCAGCAGCUCAAUAUCAGCGCAUAUGGCCCGUACCUACCCUUUUACUCCUGAAAACUUCUCAUCAUUAUAGUGUACGUAGUACGUGAUAAAUGGCUUUGUAUUAUGCUUGUCAAAUACACUGCCGAUAUCUCUCAUUAGAAGUCAGUUAUUUCAAGUUAUACGAGAACAACAUGGAAAAAGGCAAAUUAAAC